UAAGACUUUUAUGCCUCCCCUUGGGGACUCCAAGUGGCACGAUUGACGUGGCUGUCUGAGUGUCCUGGACACUGGCUGGAGAUGAAGUUUCAGGCGAUCACUGUCUCUGGCCAGUGAGAUUGAGGAAUUCGGAAGGUGAGGUUGAAUUCACUGAUCAGACCUCAAGCAGCACUCACCUGCAGGUUGACGGGACUGUGAUGUACAGCUUGGCGAUGCAGGCGCUUUUUGUGACCACUUCCUUGCGUCUACCAGUUUAUCCUUUUUACUUCACUUCCUUGCCCUGCACUGGCCUCAAAAUCGGCUGUGGGUACGAAAAUAUGGCAGAUACAGAACAGAGCAACCCUUGCGCCUCUCCAAUCGUCACGCUGGACCUGCAUCUUGUGGCUGGCGACACGGUCACCCUCAUCUACAUUCAUCGGGAUAUCCUUACCAACAGGUCAUAUCUUGCGAGAUGGUUUGAUGCCUACGCCGUUACCAAUGAUCAGGACAUCAGGUUACCGAUCUCGGGUUGGUCACCCUUGGUAGGCCUAGAGAUUGUACACUGGCUUUACAGGGGCAAAAUCUCCUUCGAAGUCAACACCAACGAAAUCAAGCACGGUCAUGUGUACCCCAGCGUCCUCCUCAUGAAGCUCAUCAACCUGUACCUGGGCGCCAAUCGCUAUCAGAUCGACGACCUAGCUGCAUACACCUUCGAUAAACUCGACGCGAUCUUUCAGUCUCGGGGCCUCGACUGGUGGGACCUCAACAGAUUGACACCCGAUAUGUCGGAGGAUGAGGGUGGAAAGCUUCAGGGUCUGAUGAUCGGUGUUGUGGCUGAUGGUAUCCGCAAAGAAGGGUGGUUGGCUUACACUACUGCGAGACCAGACUUUGCGAAUUGGGUGGUGACGACGACCAAGACUUGGCUCGUGGAGGAGCUCCUUCGGCAGGCUCGGGUAUGCAGAUGAGCGUGACAUGUCUCGACUUCAUCAUCUGAGCAGAAGAUCGCCACAGGAAUCGUGGAAGGGCAAGGCAUUUCAUGGAGAGGAAUGUGAAUUACGGCUGCAAUUCAGGGAGAUAAACAGCCAGACUUGUGCACUGCAAUGCAACACCAACGGAUGUCAGUAAGACAAGGAUGGGGGCUGAAAUCGCAAGGAAGAGCGCUUGUGAGAUAGGAUACAUGAAUCUUGCCUAUUCAUCGGAGACGAUAUCUAGUAAGUAGCUUAUCUAUCGAUGGGUGCAGACAUGAGGACUGCAGCUUCUUCAUAAUGCAUUGUCUUUGCUGGGAACUAUCUCGCGCGAGACAAUCACAGAGACUUCUGGACCUGUCCUCGACUCCGUGGCUUCCUGUUCUCACUUCACUUUGUACUCACUUCACUCACCACGAACUUCAUUAUAUCCUUGCUCACAC